GUAGACGUCUCUACUAAGUGACGUCAUUUUGGAAUCCGUUCUUUCAAAUGUCUUCCUUUUGUGUCGCUCCUCUGUCAACUGAAGAUCUUGGUUCCUCGAUGGAAUUUCUGUCGCCUCAGCGUGGGUUUGGUUCGCGGUGGUGAGCAACAUGUUUAUUUCGUAUUUCAUAACCUGAGACAAUUUGUUCGAGCCAACCGUUCAGCUGUGCAACUGUGCGUUUUUGCCCGUUAAGCAGAUGGGUGGAUGGCGUCAGCUGGAAUCACACCUGAGCCCAGAACUCAUUCAGCACUAGGGCCAAAUUAACUAAAGUCCAGGCUUGUCCGCUCAGACUGCCGAAUACAAGACAACAGUGCCAUAAGGAGACCAAUCAACCCCGGAGAGUAGCUAAUCAUGCUAAAGAACCAUUAAUCCCACCCAAAAAGCAGAUCAUGAGUGGCGCUUCUGGCAGCAUGGUCUUCAGGCACACCGCUAAACUGUGCAUGCACAGGAAAGAAAAGCACAGUUUAAAAUCAUAUAGGGAGACGUCAGCGAGCGAGACGCAGCCGGCAGGGGGCAAGCGCAGGCGGAAAAAUGCGUAUCCGUGCAGAAUAUGCGGCAAGCUCUUUCUCCACCAUCUCUCUCUGAACGCACACUACACCGCCACUUCGUGUCUCAAUGCAAUCAAAAAAGCUCACGCCACAGGAAACGACACCAACGUACCAGAGCGCAGACCAAACAAAGUCAAAUCCAGCCUGGCGCAGGGCAAGACUUUACGGACCGGUCCUGGGAGGCCCAGGCGAGAGGAGGUAAAGGAGGACCUAGUAGAAGCUGAAGGAGAGUUCCCAUGCCCCUCCUGCACUGAGGUUUUUCCCCUGCAGUCGCAGCUGAGGGACCACGUGGAGCUCCACAACGCAUCCAUGGUGAGGAGAGAGUGCAGCGUGUGCACUGAGGAAAUGGACACCUUUGAGCGGCCAGCGUCGAGGAGGCAACGCUUCUACCACUGUGUGCCCUGUCAGGAGGGCUUCUCUGUACUGGACUCCUUCCUAGAACACUGUCAGGAGCACCUGCAAGUCAGGGAUGAAGAGGAGGAUUGUGUUACAGAGCGUUCCAAACAACAGGCCAGCAAAGCCUAAGGGCCUCGACUGAAUGUCUUCGGGCUUUUGAUUGUGAGCCAUCAGUCAGUGGAAAGCGCUUAGAAGCGGCUAAUGUUUGACAGCUGAAAAUGCAAUCGCUCUAACGUGCUCCCGAUUUCACGCACAAUGUUGAGGUUUUCCAUUCAACUUGAAAUCUUUUGUUUUAACGCAAGCAGACAAUGCAACAAAAUAACCGCAAAAUAUCCAAGCUUGCCGACUGGAUGAAAUUUUUUUUUUUUUUGGUCUAUGUUAGCAUUAAAUGAGGGCACGGUGGCCCUUUUAUUUCGCAAGAUAAAAUAUUUGCAAGGUCUCUGGAUAAUGUUUGUCGUAAUAAAGUGGACGUGGGAUGCUUGACAUCAUGGAAGUACGCUCUUAUGAUUAAAAAAAAAAAAAAAGCGAAAAGUUUUCUGCUAGUAAAGAAAAAAAAAUGCUGGUCCUUGUGUCAAUAUGAACAUGGAUUUCUUAAAGGGAAAUUCCGGUGGUUUGGAUUAACAAAUGUGUCGAACAGUACAUUUUGCAUGAACUGGGAACGUAGGUCACGUGACUCGCCAAAAAGGCAGCGCCCCAGAAAAUUUGUAAUUGUCGAUUUGAAAAAAAUAAAUCUUCUCAAAACACCAUUAAAUGAGAGAUGAUUUAACAUCACAUUUUCAAGAUAGAGUACAUAUAACGUGACCUAUUGGCUACAAUGUUAAUCCUUACCACCGGAAUUCCCUUUUAAAGGUAUUUGUCGUUCAAACCCCCCCCCCCCCCAUUAUACAGGGUGGGGCAGCAAUUUUAGGGACAAGUGGAAAAUGUUCACUACGAUUAUGCAAAAAGAUGUGAUCAAAAUGACUCAAUUACCUUACGCCCAAUAAAAUGGAAUUAAAUAGUAUAAUUUAACCACUUAUGACACACGGUGUGGGGGGCAUACCAAAAAUCUUGUACUGAGCAUCUAUGGGAAAAAUAACUUAAGAGUCCGAUCAUUGCGCUGCUCUGUGUGGUAAUGUUUGACCACUUAAUACGUUUCCAUUUUGACUGCAUGAUCGCGAUGAGAACACUAGAGGAACGUUAUAGCGACAUAAACCAUUAUAACAUUAUUCCGCUGUUAUUCUAAAGAAAAAUUGUCGCAUGUUGAAGGUAUAGUUAUGGUCACUUCCUGGUUCACGUAUUCUACAUUUGCAACGGCUUCAAAACCCGGAUUUGUGUUUGGUGCGGGUUCAUUUGGAUGUCUAUGUGCAUAUCCCAGGUAAAAUGGCACCUGGAUUGUUUGGUGUUCCAUCUUGUGAGCAUUCCUGUCCAAAUGUGUCAAUUGUUUUUGCAAAGCACUUGUCUUUUUUUUUGUCUCUGCAGAUUGUUGGUAGGUAUGAUCCACCACUUGUGUGAUUUGCCAUCUUAUUGAUACGUGACUACUUCCUAGCUACUGUUUCCAUACAGCUGCGGUGACCUUAUUUUUUCCACUUUUGCAAUUUUUAUUAUUAUUUUUUUUUUGUACAUUGGUUUGUGCUUCUUUGUCGCAGUGAUUAAACUGCUCUCAGAAGAUGUUGCUUGUCUUCUUAUCAGG